AUGCCCUCGCAACGUCCCUUCUUCCUCUCCUCCUUCUUCAACUCGUCCCAGGCGGCAUCCGCAUCAGCCGCAGCCGCCGCCGCCUCCACAACAGCCGCUGCAGCCGCGGCCUCAUCAACAGGUGGUCCCGCCUCCUCCGCCGCCCGCGCAAUCUCCACAAGCGCCGCGCCGACGACAACAUCGUCAUCGUCCACCAACGUUGCCAUCCACACGCCCCGCGGCUCGCCCGGCGGUGGCAUUCCCAUUCCGCACGGCUCGCGAAGGAGAGGCAGCGAUAGCAGCAGCGAGGGCUUCCGCGACGCCCUGGGCGCGGACAAGUGGUAUAUCGGCGGCAGGACGGCGGCAGGCGAGGAAAAGUUCUUCAAGCUGGGUGUGAUUCGGCGGGUAAGGAGUAACGAUGGCUUGAGCCUGGAUCGCCUGAGCUUAUAG